GAAAUGGACACAGCGAAUGAGAUAGUCCUCAGUAACAUCAAGCAAAGUGAGGAUCAUUUGAAGAUAUGCCAAAGUUUUGAAUGACGGAUCACAACAUAUACCACGACGAAAAAUGGAGCACAUAAUAACACCAAAGGUAGAACAUGUGAAGCUGCUUGAUAGAUAUGCUACCAAGAAAUCAGCCUCUGGUACCAUCUACCUGACUGCCACUCACCUCAUCUAUGUGGAAACAUCGAACAACACAAGACAGGAAACCUGGGUUCUGCACCAUCAUAUUUCCUCAGUGGAGAAGCUUCCUCUGACCACCUCUGGCUGUCCGUUGGUCAUUCGAUGCAAGACAUUCCACCAGCUGCACCUCCUUCUGCCCCGGGAGAGGGAAUGCCAGGAUGUCUACCAGUCACUGCUGCGCUUGUCUCAGCCAGUGAGACUCGAUGAACUCUAUGCAUUUCUGUACAACCCCAAUCAAAAUGAGGAGGAGAGAAGCAGAGGCUGGGCCGCCGUGGACUUGGCCGCAGAUUACAGAAGGAUGGGUUUGCCCAACGACCACUGGGAAACUACUGAACUCAAUAAGGACUACGAGAUGUGCAGCACUUACCCGUCGAUGUUGGCAGUGCCCAAAGGUGCCAGCCAGGCCACUAUACUGGGCAGUGCCAAGUUCAGGAGUAGGGGACGGCUACCUGCCCUGUCCUACUUCCACAAAGACUCCAAGGCAGCUAUCUGUCGCUGCAGCCAGCCGUUGUCAGGCUUCAGCGCUCGGUGUGUGGAGGAUGAGCAGAUGCUGGAGGCGAUCCGCCAGGCCAACCCCAACUCUCCCUUCGUGUACGUGGUGGACACCAGACCUAAGCUGAAUGCCAUGGCCAAUCGAGCGGCAGGGAAAGGCUAUGAAAAUGAGGACAACUACUCCAAUAUACGAUUCAACUUCCAGGGCAUUGAGAACAUUCAUGUUAUGAGAAACAGUCUCCAAAAACUGCUAGAAGUCUGUGCAAUGAAGUCUCCUUCGAUGAGUGACUAUCUGACUGGACUGGAGAACUCUGGUUGGCUCAGACACAUAAAGGCAGUGCUGGAUGCGGGGAUGUUUUUAGCUAAGGCAGUGAGCGAUGAGAAGGCCAGUGUGCUGGUGCACUGCUCUGACGGCUGGGACCGCACUGCGCAGGUUUGCUCUGUGGCCGGCAUCCUCCUGGACCCCUACUACCGCACCAUCAAAGGCCUCAUGGUGUUAAUAGAAAAAGAAUGGAUCUCCAUGGGUCAUAAGUUCACACAUAGGUGCGGGCACUUGGACGGCGACCCAAAAGAGGUGUCUCCCGUCUUCACACAGUUCAUUGAGUGCGUGUGGCAGCUUACCGAGCAGUUUCCCUGCGUGUUCGAGUUCAACGAGAGGUUCCUCAUCACCAUCCACGACAACGUUUACGCCUGCCAGUAUGGAAAUUUCCUCGGAAACUGUCAGAAGGAGAGACAGGAGAUACGGCUUCAGGAAAGGACGUUCUCUCUGUGGCCGUUCUUGCUAGAACAGGAGAAGCAGUACAGAAACCCUCUCUACAAACGCAAGACCGGCACACUGAGACCAAACACCCUACCUUUGCAUUUCAAGUUUUGGUGUGGCAUGUACAACCACUAUGAUAAGGGCAUGCACCCGAAACAGUCCGUGUUGGAUCAACUGCUCUCCCUUACACAAAAGAAGGCUGACGGGGAGAAAAACAUGUUGGAUCUACAGAGGCAAUUAGCAGUUGCUGAUGGAGUCCUGCCGGCUGGACCAAUUGAAUCACCUACAAAGCAGUGCAGCCAAUCCCUGCCCACUCCUACACCACCUCUUAACCAAUCAUCCGGUGAUGUCCCCUGCUUGAAAAACGGUACGGGUGAGGAUAUUGGCUCAGGUGGUGAAUGCACCAACGGAACACAGCUGGAGCAUUUCCCAGACUCCGAUUCGGACGUGACCGUCAAAGCGGGUAAAGCUGUCGCAGUGGACCACCAGGAUCUGAAAGAGGACGUGCUGGGUUCCUCUUAAAGCUCCAUGGUUACAGAGCAGGCACGCUGAGCAAGGUGUGCGAGGGCUGUGAGCCAAAGAAGCACAUGCCCCAGUGUAUGCUGGGAAAUAAAUAGCACUCACUUCUGAAAGGGGCGACUGUCAGGUGUUUGGAAAGCCUCUGGCCUUUUUAUGAGCGAUGCACCUGUUAAGGGGAUCGGCAACACAAGCUCAUAUUUCAGCGUUUAUGCUCCACGUGAUCAAUACUUUGAUAACUGAGAAAUAUCUCGGCACUCCUGUUCAUUAAGUCCACAGACUGCAUUAAGAAUCCAUCUUUGAGGGGGUUCCUUAAUAAGUCAAUCAAUAAUUUUAUAGCAAGGCAAUAAUAUUCCUUGUAUUUUUUUUUUGUUUGUUUCGUCAGUGUAAUUUCAGUAUCUUCACUUGGUGACACUUUAUAAAUGCGGCCAGUUGGUCUCAGAGCAAUGUCCAUAUUGUCAUAUGUCUGUGAAAACCACAAUCAAAUUGCCUAGUUGCCAUUUCACAAGGAAUGCUUUGUAAAAAAAAACGAGAGAAAAGGAUCAAAUCCAAUUGUCAGUCACUAUUUGUGUUUGUUUGUUUUUUUUAAUGGUGAUUUUUGUACAUUGUGUUUUUUUUAUUCGUUUCACAAAAAAAAUGAAAUAUAUUUGCUAUUCAAAGUUUAUUCAUGAACAUGUUUAUUCAUUACCACUUAAUGCUAGGGUUGAAAAGGGAAUUGAAACGGCAAUACUAGUGUUUCCUGUUGGCCAAAGUAGCAGAACACUGCCUUGGUGGAGCAAAUGUCUUGAGGAUGUUUGAGUAUGUUUGAGGAUGUCUCCAAGUGCCAUUAAUGUUAAUUUUAAUCUGAUGUCUUUCCAGUGGCCAUACGAACUAGAACUAGGGCUCAGAACACUGGUUGGAUGCAUAUGAGGGACCAAUGACUGUUUUAUUAAGCUUCAGUUCGUACGGAUAAUAACAUUGUCUGUCUGAGAAAUUGAGAAAUUCUGGAUGAGUCCUUUUUUUUUUUUUACUGGUUGGCUAAUACUAUACAGGAUGUAGAUCAAACUAACCUUCCCUUGUAAGAACUGUUACAAGCACUCUGUUGAUUUCACUACUGCUUUUGUGCAUGAAUGCUGUUUGUUCCGAAGCUUUUUUCGCUCUCGGGUUGAGUGGGGUGGGGAAAUUCUGGAUGAGUCCAUUUUUUCUGGUUGGCUACUGCUAUUUACAGGAUGUGAAUGAACUAACUAACCCUCCCCUGUAAGAACUGUUACAAGCACGUCUGUCGAUUUCACUGUGCAUGAAUGCUGUAUGUUCCGAAGCUUUCUUCGCCCUCGGGGUGAGUGGGAUGGGGUGGGGUGGGGGGUGUCGGCAUGUUUACUCUGUUGGUGGAUAGCUAGCUCCAGAUUUUGGACUUCUCCCCAUAUUUGUGUUAAAGUCUUCUCCAGCCCAGAAAUUGAGUAGGCAGAUUGUCAGACUUGUUGGAAGGUAGAUUUUGAGAAGGGAACCAGUCAUAGGCUGUCGCUGUUGCUAUGUGAGAUGGGAGAUCUUUGUGAUGAGGUCCACCCGUCUGCCACCAUUUAAAAAGGGAUAUUUUGACUGAAGUCUGUUCAGUUAUCUCUGUCUAUGUCACCCCAUCUUUCCACGUCUGGAAUAUUUUGCAUACCUCUGCCACACUUGUCAAUUCAAGUCCUGGGGAACAUUAAGGGAAUGUUGCUGAAGUUCAGAGCAAUGCCUUUUGUGGUUGUUGAAAAUAAAAAAAAGGGUCUAUUUUGUAUGUAUCAUUUAAUGUAUAAUUGUACAGCAUGUAGUUAUACUUUUUGUGUUGUACUCGUCUACAUUUUCAAGAUAUGCAUACCUUUUGGUAACACCAUUCCGUUGUGUUUGGUAUGCCUGUAUCGACCAAUUCUGUGGAAAUACUCCUUGAAAAGUAUGCUGCUGUGCAUUCUGUUUUUAAAGCAAGUUGUGGAUCUGGAUCAACAUAUUUGGGCUUUGUGAUUCUUUCUUUUUUUUUAAUGGUGUUCAUAUGAAUAUGUUAAAAAAUAUAAAAUUGGAUUUAUUUGGACUUGAUACGUCAUGCUUAUGUAAGAUUGAUAAAGGCAGAGGCCCUGUCUGAUUCAUGCUCCCCUCUAUCAGAGUAAAGUGUUAUGGAUUGUUAUGUGCGUACAUUCUGAAUAGAAGCCAGAAUUUGGGGAUUUUGUUUAUUUUGAGGUUUAAAGGCCUAUCUAUAUUUCUGGCACAUGUUGGCAAGUAUUGUUUCUUAUAUGUCUUCUUGUGGCAACGGCAUGAGGCAAACUCAUCCAUCAGAUCAAUCAAUAAACAUAACAGAAAAUGUU